UGCUUUGCUAGCUGGGUCAUUUGCUAGAAAAGCUACGUUAUAGCAGCAGAGCUAAAGCUCAAUCUGCGCUAGAACCUCGAGACAAGUCGGGACAAGACCAGGUCAGUGUCCAGUCUCAGGGCUCACCAUACUCGAUGAGCGGACAGCGCAAUGUCAGAGCGCUCUGGGCAAACUGCAAAGGGGAAGGAAGGCAAAACCAAGUAUGCGUCUCUCAACCUGUUUGAUACAUACAAAGGAAAGAGCCUUGAAACACAAAAGCCUGUUGUUCCCCCCCGCCAUGGCCUGCAGUCUCUUGGUAAAGUUGCCUCCGCACGGCGUAUGCCACCCCCUGCCAACCUGCCCAGUCUGAAGGCAGAGAACAAAGGCAACGACCCUAACGUCUCGCUCGUUCCCAAAGACGGCACAGGAUGGGCAAGCAAACAGGAACAAGCAGACCCAAAGAGUACCGAUGCGUCGUCAGCACCGCAGCCGGAAUCGCAGCAGCCUGUGGCUUCACAGACACCUGCACCGACCCGCCCGAGAACCCCACCAGCUUCAGAGGCUCUGGCCCCAGCUUCAACCCAGGCCGUAGGGGCAAGGUCCUGGGCACAGGCCAGUGUUACACAUGGAACACAAGGGGAUGGUGGAAAGGGAUCAAACCUACCGUCGCCAUUCUCUCGCGAGGAAUUUCCCACCCUGCAGGCGGCUGGCGACCAGGACAGAGCUGGCAAAGAACAGGGCACUGCAGAUCAGUGGUAUGGGCCCGGACCAAGCCUCCGCCCCCAGAACGUUACAAGUUGGCGGGACGGUGGGGGCCGAGCUCUGGCACCCACCAUGGCAGGGGAGGGCGCAGUGGAGGGUGGCAACGGUGGGGCUUUGGUGAUGGAUGGGGCAGCUGGGGUCCCCCUUCUGAACUCCCAGACCCAUGGGCCACCUAGGAAUCCUCCUGCAGGCAGCCCCGCCUUGCCUCUGCCCCAACCCCCUGUGGGACCUGGGUUCCCUCAGUACCGGGGGAUCAUGCCUCCUUUCAUGUAUCCUCCGUACCUGCCCUUCCCGGGCCCCUAUGGCCCUCAGGGGCCCUACAGGUUCCCGCCACCUGGGGAAGGGCCUGCUCCCAGGUUCUCUCGUGGGCAAGGUAGUCCUGACAGCAGGCCUCAGGGUGGCCCACGUGACAAUGGUGGAGAGGUGGUGAAGCGACCCUCCAUCUUAAAGCAGGAUGACCUAAAGGAGCUUGAUGAGCUGGACCAUGAUAAUGAUGAGGGCUGGGCAGGGGCUCAUGAGGAGAUUGAUUACUCUGCUAAGUUGAAGUUCAGUGAUGAUGAAGGAGAAGAGGAGGCAGAAGAGGAAACCGCUGAGAAUGACCUGUGUGAGCAACCGAAGUCGCAGGAUGCCCCUCCUGCAACCUCUCAUUCUCGAGCCUCAGACAGCAGUGGAGAGGCCUGCCGCACCCCUCCUCCUAAUGCAGACAAUGGCCCCCAACCUCCCUCUAGCAAGCCAGGAUGGGCUGAGGAGGGAGGUAGUGGCUGGGGAGGCCAGGGAGCAUCCACUAACUACCAGGACCGGCCCCACAACCAGGGUGCGCCUCUAGGCCCUGGGAAACCUGGAGCAACCCAGCAGCAGUCUGCAGCAGGAGGUCCCACCACUCAUCCCCAGCCAGGUGUGCAUGGGGCCCAGGGUGAUGAUGAGGAUGAAUCUUGGCGUCAGCGCAGGAAGCAGUCCUCCUCUGAGAUCUCUGUCGCUGUGGAGCGAGCACGUCGCCGCCGUGAAGAGGAAGAACGUAGGAUGGAGGAGGAGCGGCGUGCAGCCUGUGCCGAGAAGCUAAAGAGGCUGGAUGAGAAGCAGCUUCAACAGCAAGGCAGCAGCAGUACAGGAGUUGCUGUGUGCAGUAGUAAAACCCCCAGCCUUGAUGGUAACUCCACUGCGGCGCCAGCAGGCAGCCCAAGCCCAUCUAUUUCAGCAUCUACAUCCUCUCCCAACAUCAGCCAGCCCUCAUCUCCUUGUGUAGACCCAGAGGAGCCUCCAGUGCUGGCUGUUCAGCCAGGGCCCAGUCCUGGGGUUGGUGACAGACAGCGAGCUAGCAGUAACAGCAGCUAUGACUCCAACACAGAUAUCCAACAGUGUCCCCAGCCAGCUGUGUCACAGCCACAGCAGCUCACACUGGAUGUACCUUUACCUGUAGAGACUAAGGAAGAAACCAUGGGUGGUUCACACAUCCGUGCAGGCAGUGGUGGUGAAAGAGGAAUUGACUCGGCCAAGAUUGAGAAUAUCGCAGCAGUUCGUCAAGCUGGUGGUCCUUCAGGCCAGGGAUACUCAAAAUACCAGAAGUCUCUUCCGCCACGAUUCCAGCGGCAGCAGCAGGAGCAGUUUCUGAAGCAGCAGCAGCAGUGGCAGCAGCAGCAACAUCAGCAGCAACAUCAGCAGCAGCAGCAGCAGCAGCAGCACAGCCAGGCAUCACAAAGUCAACUGUCCCCUCAGCCACAGCCUCCACAGGGACCUUCACCAGGUUCAACACCUCAGCCAGGACCUGGACCCAAGCAGGCGGGACCCAUGUAUCAACCCGGCAAUAUGGUUCGACCCCCACCCUUGGCAAUGAAUUUCGACCCCCGCUGGAUGAUGAUGCCCUACAUGGACCCACGCAUGAUGCAAGGCCGCCCUCCACCUAUGGAAUACUAUUCAGCUGGCAUGCACCCAACUGGGCUCAUGGGGCGUGAGCGUUCUGAUUCAGGGGGAUCAGGUUCGGACCCAUUUGACAGGCAACAGCAUCCAGGGCAUCCUCACCGUGGGACCCCCCCUAUGGAUCCUAAAGUGGCCUGGGGGCCAGAGGUAUUCCCUGGCGGAGGGGAGAGUCGUGGGCUAACCUCCCCACUAAGGCAGAAACAGGCAUUGGAGGAGGAAGAUGUGGCCAAAGGGCCUAGGAGUGACACCCCUCCACACCGCAUGCGGGAAGGUGGAUUGGGACCCAUUCAGCAGCCCAGCUCCAGCUCUGGGACAACCAACCAAACCCCUCCUCCUGUCAGCACUCAAGUGGGCGUUCAAGGAGGCAGCCACCAUCCUCAUCAUUACAUGGGGGGACGGGGCAACUACAGCAACUUCCCUGACCAGGGUGUUAGGGUGCCUCCCCAUCAGCAGCAGCAGAGGGUGGGUGAACGGGGAAACCAGCCUCAUGGCUUCACCCAUCAGGAUGAAGGGCCUACUCGAGGAUCUCAACAGGGCCAGAUAUGGGGAACCCCUCACCCACACUAUGAUAGAAAUGGUCGUGCAGACCAUCCUCCUGUUGAGAACUCUCACGUUCAUCACCCUCAGCAGCCUCACUUCCCUCUCCACCCACAUAAACCAGAGAAUAACCGUGAAAGGGUCAUUGAGAGCACUAACAAGAAGGCCGCCUCCUCGCCCCCUCUCCACCAACCAUCCCUUUCAUCUUCUUGCUCUUCAUCCUCCUCCUCUUCUUCUGCAAGGGAAGAUGGGAGUGUCAAAGUUGCCCAGCAGCAUCAUCAUCAUCCAUCUCAGAGAGAGGGUGAGGCUGGUAGUGGGCACAGUGUUGGCGAAAGAAGUAACAGUGGUAAUGCUGUCAGAACUGGCCAUGUGAAACAGGAGAAACAAGGCCCAACAUAUGCUUCUCAUUCCUCAGCAACCUCCUGUCCACCUCCUACUCAACAUGGCAGCCAUACUCCACAUCAGCAGCAGCAGCAUCCCCACCCUAGAUCAAACCAAAGAGGGGGGCGGGAGCACAAGACGGAAACCCAGUGGGGCCCUCGGCCUGGCAGCAGCAAUAUGGGAGGGGGUUCCUCCCAUGGCAGGAGGGCCAACAAUGCUGGAGGUGGGAACAACUGCCGUGGAGGAGAGGAUUCCUCCAACAUUCCAUCAGACCACAAAUCCUCCACCCAGACAGGGGGCAGCAGUGCCAACAAGAGGGCUGGCCCCAUCAAGAAGCCGGUGCUGAAGGACAUGAAGAGAGAGGGAGGUGAGAUUGAAGGAGAUAAAACAAACCCAGGCUUUGGGAAAGAGAAAGAACACGAUGGGGGACAGCUGGUCUCCAUAAAGCAGGAAUCCUCUUCCAACCCCCAGAACACAUUGGCUCCAUCUAAAGAUGAGCCCGCCCAGACAGCCAAAUCUAGGAAUGGCGGAAAAGAUCGAUCCUCAGGAGGUGGUGGGGGAGGGUCAGGUAGAGGCCCAAAAGAUGUGGACCCCAAUUCCUCAGGUUUUUCUGGGUCGUCCUCAAGAAGGGACAGAGACCGUUCCUUUGAAAGAGGAGGCAGCUCCUCCCACCAUCAUGGAGUUUCUGCUAAAGGUGGCAGAGGCAGUCGUGGACGAGGGGGAGAGUUCUAUGGGCGUGGACGUGGUUACCGUGGCACCUACACAGCCAGUGCUGGGCCUGCUGGUAGCAGUCGAGGCAGAAUGGGUGGCAGAAGUGGCAGAGAUUACCGUUCAUCUGUUGGUGGUGGCCAAAACCAGGAGUCCAAAGGUGAGGGGACUGGUGGCAGGCAUGGUCAGGAUCGGUCACAGCAUAACCCAGCCAGGGCCAGGAACCGAAGUGAAACUCGUAGCGAGGGUUCAGAGUAUGAGGAAAUCCCCAAGAGGCGGAGGGAGAGGGGUUCAGAGACUGGCAGUGAGAGUGGUGCAAGUGACCUUGGUCACUCAGACAAGGAAGACCACCAGAAAACCAGUACCAAGAAUGGACCUGAUAAUGCCAUCACCACUGGCAGUGGAACCAUGUCAUCUGCCCCACCCAGAGGUUCUCAGGCCCGGGUGUUCACCCCUAGAGGUGUACCCUCAAGGAGGGGCAGAGGUGGAGGUAGUGGAGGAGGAAAUGUCUCCAGAAGUAGUGGCAAUUUUGGAGGAACUCCUGGGGGACACAGAGUUGGACAUGGCCCAGGCUCUCAUGGUGGUUCAUCUAAGUCAUCGGCUUCAACUAGGAAACAGCAAGGCCCACCACAAACCUCUGGUCACAAAGACCUGGGCCGAGGAGGAAAUGGAGAGAAGGACAAGAUUCCUAAUGCAGGUCAAACUCAGAUUCAGGGGACCAAUCCCCCUCAGCCAUCUUUGCCUGCUACAUGUCCUGCCACCCUAGGUUCCACUGAAAACGGAGGGGUUGUGACUCAGCAAGCUCCAGCCAGCCCCUUGUCAAACUCUGGAGGGCAGAAUACACUCCCUCUUCCUGCUAACCGUGGAUUCCCCCCCAGUGGGUUUGAGCGACCUCCUAGACGUCGCCGUCACGGGCGUUCUCAGCAUCAGCAGGAUAAGCCACCCCGCUUCCGAAGACUGAAGGAGCGAGAGAAUGCUGCACGAAUCAAUGGAGGAGUGGGGGUCAUCGGUGGUGGAAGGACCUCCUCUCCUUCCUUGAAUUCAGUUCAGGACAGUAAUGGAGCCCCUGCUCCCAUCACAGGCAAUUCCCAAAAUGCAAACCACAAAGCUGCUCUACCUACCAACAACAGUGGUGGAGGGCAUCUUGGUAAUGUAAACAGUCACCACCAUCACCACUACAACCAGGCAAAUGCUGGGGCCACCCACCCCCAGCAUCACCACAGCCAUGGUGCAAAGUCCCCCGACUUCACCAACCAGAAUUCAGACCAGGCCAAUGAGGAGUGGGAAACUGCCUCUGAGAGCAGUGACUUCACAGAGUUCAGAGACAGGGAAGGAGGAGGAGGAGGAGGUGUUGUUGGUGGUGGAGGAGGAGGAGGAGGGGGAAGUCGUAUCCAUCUCACCAUCAUCACCACAUGGGAAGAGGAGGAGGAGGAGGCGGCGGUGGUGGAGGAGUUGUGGUUGAGCGGGAGAUGACUGGAAAAGAGCCCUUGAUGAAUAAGAGAAGUUUCUCAAGUCAGCGUCCUGGCAUGGAGCGACAGAAUCGGAGGGUCAACACUGGAGGAGGAGGAGGGGGAGGCCGAGGCCCACGCGGUCCACCUGGCGGUGGUUCAGGUGGGCCUGGCAACGGAGGUGGCAACCGUGGGGAGAAGCGUGGCAACUGUUCUCCGAAAAAUAGGAAAUGACAGAAUAAAUAACAUUUCAGAUGUACCCCACCAUCUUACAUUGUUAUCCCUUUUGAUCAUUGUUUCAUGACUCACUGUUGGCAUCUCUUAACACUUUAGUGCAUUGUACAGUACAUGGAGAUGGUAUUCACUUUCACCUUAGCUGACCUCACCUCAGUCACCUCUCUCUCUUUCGCAUCAGUCAGCUGAUUGACCGUCCGUUAUUGUAAAUUUCCCCAUUGGCUCCAUUUUGCUUUCCAUUCACUUCUCGCCCAGCUUACCCUUUUUACCCUGCCCCUUGACCCCAGUCGGAUUUGGUAAGCAUGACGUUCUAAAAUGGAGGUGCAUGUCGUUUUGACAGAAGACAUUCACGCAGAUCUUCACACACUCGAGCACAAAUAUGACAGCUUUAAAAAAAAAAAACAAAAAAAAAACAUGGAACACAUACAGGUCCUGUUGGUGUGAUAAAGAAAAUAUGGGUUUAAAUUGGCAAAAAUGUUUGGAUUGGGCUAACUUUUAUAUUUAUGGUCCUGUGUGUAUUUAUACCACACUUUGGGCUUGGGUCGUAUUCAGUAGUACAGUUGUGCAUUACUUCCCUUCAAACGGAAAGAGUGCAGAUUCAACUUUUAACAAGAACAAUGUAUCAUAAGAGGUUUUGUUUCUCUGUUUAUUUCUUUGGCCUCAUGUCAGUCAAGCUGCGACCUCUGGCAAAUGGCAGAGGUGUGUGUUUGUGUGUUUUGUCUUCAGCGAAGCAGGUCAUUAAAAUACCUUUUUACUAAAUUUCCAAAUCCCUCUUUGGGGCAAUUUUUUGGAGUCCUGCAACGUCUUGUCUGAUUACUGUGAUAAGACCCAGUGAAGUACUAUUGCUCAGUGCUCACCUACACUCGUACUGAUUUGUCUUUAAUAUAAAUGUCUUUGCUGUACACAGAUUGACAGUGUGAUUUUUUUUUUUUUUCUCCCAGAGAUGUUGACCUGCUCUUACAUUUCAUUAUUUCUUAUUGGGUGUUCCUUUGUUUUUUUUUUUCUGGGCCUUGUUGUAGCAUCCUCCUUGGCUGCAGAAUCCCUGCAUAGUGCAAGAAUCAGUAGUUUUACACUCAUGUGUUUUGUUUACCCCAUGAAGACUAUUAAUAGUGUGAUGGCUUUAUUUUAACAACCAUUAUUUCCUCAGUAAUUUACAUUUUCUUCUCUCUCAAGGUGAAAUAUAAUUUUAAUCUUGUAGGGGGGAAGUAUGUUUAAUGGAAAUGUGGGUCAUGAUAGAAUAAAGAAAAAAAGUAUGACUUUAAUACAAAUUUAUGCUUCAGUAGAUUAUUGACAUGUUAAAAGAAGCACUUCCUAGUGAAACAAAAGUCCAUGUUUGCUGUUUUUUUUGUUUUGUUUUUCUUUUCUUUUUUUGUGUUAAUGUUACUUGGGGCAAGUUACUUGUGAUGCAACAAGACAGGUACUCUGUCUGGGCCCAGAGUACAAAGCUAAACUGAGUAUUGUACUUUUACAUCCCCCGCUGCUUGUGCCGCGACACACUCUCUGUGCUUUAGUGGAGACUCCCCACACCAAGCAGGACUACGACCAGGAGCUCCCUUGUUGGAGGAGACAUUUUUCAAAGCGUGUGUGUGUGUGUUUUCUCGGGAAGGCUGUGUCGGUACACGGUGGCAAACCAGUAGCUCAGAUGAAAUCAGGACAAUGCAGAAGCGGGUGACAGUGACUCCGUGCAUCACCCUCUGCAGGUCACCGCAGUUUUUUUUUUUCAACAACGAAUGCAGACCUGAAGUGUCGAGGAAGUGUUGAUGUGGGUUACUCUUGUAAACUUAGUGUGUGUCACGUAAAUGGCAAAAUGACCAGAGGCGACACCCAAGGUGAACAAACCAUCACUCAUCUCUAUCACCUCUGUCACUGCUGUAAGUUGGGGUUUGUUUGUUUACUGACAACAGUUUCGAGAUCGUCUCUGGGAUGUUGUGUGUUGGGCAUUCGAUGACUUGUGUGCGUGCGUGCGUGCGCUUGUCUGUGUGUGUGUGUGUGUGUGUAUUGGGUGGCAUGUGUGCAUUUUCCAGUGUCUGUAUUUGCUCGGGAUGGGGCGGGGGACCAGAAGGGUUAGCACUUUCUGCCUUGUUUGCCCCCCCCCCGCCCCCCUCCCCUGCUUUGAUUUAACUAAUAUAAUUAUGAUAGUUCAACUGUUUUCUUAAAUACAUCCACAUAUAUACAUUCAGCUGUGUGUAUAUGCUCAUCAUCCCAAUGAAGGACAUGCAGUAGUGGAGUUAACCAGUCUUUUUGUAGAAUUGAAGCACAUUCUUCAGCAGGCAAAUGAAGUUGGACAUAUUUUUAUUUUUCACUAUGACUUCUAAGCAUGUACACACACACACCCUUGGGUGCAGCUUGCCUUGCCUGUUACUGGUUUAUACAUUGAUAGCUGUACACUUAACACUGGCUCAAAGAGUCCUUCAUCCCUCCUUAACUCUUAAUGUUGAUGUGCGCAUUAUUGUUAUGUACCCAUGUUAAAAAUGAAAACAAUAGUGUAUUCCAGAAAAAACUAAAAAAAACAAAAAAACAACUCAAAGAUUGUACUUUGUUUCCAGCAUUACCGAGGUACCUGGAGUGGUUCAAACUGUUUUUAGCAUUUAUGUUUUUAUUAAUGGAACUGUAAUAUACACACAUGUAUGUAUAUUGGUAUGUAUCUAAGUUUGUCUACCCCAACUUACAUUCCCACAAACAAAUGUUGCCAUUUUUAGUUCAUGGGAGCAAUGUACAAGCAGAGAAGUGUCUUAUAAUAAAGUUAUACAGAGAAGGCAAAGUUAAAUAAACUACUUUUGAUUUAAUGGAAAA